CACCUCCUCCUCUUCCUCUUCUUCUUCCCCUUUCACACCCUUCUCCUACCAUAGCUUGCUGGCUUGGAAAGUUAGGGUUUUGUAGGUUUCUUUCGGUUCUUCUCGUUUGUUCGGAGAGGAAAAUACCGAGGAUGGAGAACGCACAUCAAGAUUGUUUCUUCGCGGUGCUGGGCUUCUCUUGCGGCAACAUGAAGAGACUCUUCUCCUUCUUCUUCUUCCUCCUGCUGCUGAUACUGGCGGUCUCUGUUGUUCACGGCGAGGAUGGGGCGUUCAUCGGCGUCAACAUUGGCACGGCCAUGUCAUCGGUGCCGGCGCCGACGCAGAUCACGGCGCUGCUCCGCUCGCAGAACAUCCGGCACGUGCGGCUGUACGACGCCGACCCCGCGAUGCUCGCGGCGCUCGCCAACACCGGCAUCCGCGUCGUCGUCUCCGUGCCCAACGAGCAGCUCCUCGCCAUCGGCAACUCCAACGCCACGGCGGUCAACUGGGUUGCCCGCAACGUCGCCGCGCACUACCCUUCCGUGAACAUCACGGCCAUCGCGGUCGGCUCGGAGGUGCUCUCCACGCUGCCCAACGCCGCGCCGCUCCUCAUGCCGGCCAUCCGGUACCUCCAGAACGCGCUGGUGGCCGCGGCGCUCGACCGCUACAUCAAGAUCUCGACGCCGCACUCGUCGUCCAUCAUCCUCGACUCGUUCCCGCCGUCGCAGGCCUUCUUCAACCGCUCGCUGGACCCGGUGCUGGUGCCGCUGCUCAAGUUCUUGCAGUCCACCGGCUCGCCGCUGAUGAUCAACGUCUACCCGUACUACGACUACAUGCGGUCCAAUGGCGUCAUCCCGCUGGACUACGCGCUGUUCCGACCGCUGCCGCCGAACAAGGAGGCGGUGGACGCCAACACGCUGCUGCACUACACCAACGUGUUCGACGCCGUCGUCGACGCCGCCUACUUCGCCAUGGAGUACCUCAACGUCACCAACGUGCCGGUCAUGGUGACAGAGACCGGGUGGCCGCACAAGGGUGACCCGUCAAACGAGCCGGACGCCACCUCCGACAACGCCGACACCUACAACAGCAACCUGAUACGGCACGUGAUGAACACCACCGGCACGCCGAAGCACCCCGGCGUGGCCGUGCCAACGUUCAUCUACGAGCUCUACGACGAGGACACGCGCCCUGGCUCGGCGUCGGAGAAGUACUGGGGCCUGUUCAACAUGAACGGCGUCCCGGCGUACACCCUGCACCUGACGGGCUCCGGGGUGCUGCUCGCCAACGACACCACGAACCAGACCUACUGCGUGGCGCGGGAGGGCGCCGACGAGAAGAUGCUGCAGGCGGCUCUCGACUGGGCCUGCGGCCCGGGCAAGGUGGACUGCUCCGCGCUGAUGCAGGGGCAACCGUGCUACGACCCGGACACCGUCCAGGCGCACUCGACCUACGCCUUCAACGCAUACUACCAUGGCAUGGGCAUGGGCUCCGGGACGUGCUACUUCAGCGGGGUCGCCGUGAUCACCACCACCGAUCCGAGCCAUGGAUCUUGCGUUUACUCCGGAAGUGGAGGGAAGAACGGCACGUCGUUGCUGAACGGUACCUCUCUGGCGCCGUCGGCGAACUCCACGGCGGACUCCGGCGCCCACCGGGCGAUCGGGGACGUGUCGUCGUUCGUCCGCGCGGUGGUCGCUGCGCUGCUCUUGAGCGUCGCCAUCCUGUUGUAGGCGGGUGUCAUGGGUGGAAGUUAGUAGUACUCUCCAGUAGGGAAGGCAAGGCAGCAGAGUUCUCCGUAGGCAUUCAUGAGAGAUUCUUUUUUGGUGUAAAAUGGGAUUGGCCAGCCUCGGUGUUGGGUGGUGGUGGUGGUGGUGAAUUGGUGAUCGUUGUCAUUCUAGGUGGAACGAACCGGAUGAUGUUCAUUUCGUUCAUCUGCUGCUCUUUUAAGGUGUUUGCAGAAGCUGUCAGUGUUCUUGCGCUGACCAACCACAAACAAAAUCCUUGCCCCUCAGCGAACUGCUUCACUCGUUUGGUUGAUGGUCUUCUGAAUCGUGAGCGGAUCAGGGUUUAGUGAUUAUCAUCGUGAUAAAUCGUGAUUAUUGGUAAGUCGUCAGGGUGUGA